ACCAUCCAUCUGACUCUGUCUCUGAAGUUGGAAUGUUUGAUUUGACUUCCGGACUCGGAGCUCCUCUGACUGGUCCACCGGAGAUGGAGGUUUCUGCCUCCAGGUUCCUCAUCGACUCGCUCCUCUCCCUCGGGCCGGAGCCUCGGGAGCUCGUCCCGCCUCCUUCCCCGCGGAGAGAACUUGUUCCCCGGGUGGAGUCUCCUCCACUGCCCGGUCACCUGCAGCCCCGCUCCGCCGGCUCCUCGUUUCUGAUCCGGGACAUCUUAGCGGCCCCGGGACCGGGACCGGGACCGGGACCGGAUGAAGACACGAGUCUGAGAGCGCCGGACCCGACCCCGGACCCGGACCUGGACCCGACCCCGGAAACGACCCCGGGCCUGGACCCGACCCCGACCCCGGGCCCGGGCCCGGACCCGACCCCGACCCCGACCCCGGACCCGGACCUGGACCCGACACCAGACCCGGACCCGGACCCGGACCGGACCCCGGGUCAGAAGAAGACCCGUAAAGCCCGCAGCGCGUUCAGCGAGCAGCAGCUGUCGAGGCUGGAGAGAAGCUUCCAGAAGCAGAAGUACCUGAGUGUCCAGGACCGGAUGGACCUGUCCACCCGACUACAGAUGAGUGACGGACAGGUGAAGACCUGGUACCAGAACCGCAGGACCAAGUGGAAGCGUCAGUCGGCUGCAGGUCUGGAGCUGCUGGCUGAAGCCGGCAGGAUGUUCCUGCCCGCACACUUCCUGUACCCUCCUGCCCCGCCCACACCGGAGCUAUACCUGUACAGAGGCCACACCCACCACCACACAGCCCCGCCCCUGCUGCACCACAUCCUGGCCCACACGGAACCACAUGCCCGCUGACAGCAUCCCACUGGGAGGUCUGGGGUGACCUGUAGGACUGGGAGGACUUGUAGGAGUGUGGGGGACUUGUAGGACUGUGGGGACUUGUUGGACUGUGGGGGACUUGUAGGACUGUGGGGACUUGUAGGACUGUGGGGACUUGUUGG